UGUAGGUGAUGAUGGCGGAAGGAGAGCAGCGUUGAGUUGUCUAUGAGUUUUUAUUCUAACUGUAGAAACCUCUGCUACAUCGUUUCUCUCCUCCUAAUCAUCUCCCGAGACGAUGGGAAAUGAAGGCAGCAUCGAGGGAGAGGGCCAGCCGGGACAGCCCGGCUCCACUGUUCCUUCUGCGAGUGCUCCAUCUUCCAUUUCAGCACCAGCGGGCUCUGGACAGCUCAUCAAGCCCAGCAAUGGUGCGCCUACAGGAGGUACAGGGGCCGGACCCGGCCCGGGGAUUAACAGCGUCUCUGGAAGACCCCCCCAGCCAGACUCUGGGUCCAGCCCCAAGGCGGGGGUCCAGACUGGGCCUGGUACAGGGGACCGCCUGGCAUCCCAGGGGGAGCAGCAGGGCCAGGGCCACGCCGCCCGUAAGAACCUCCAGGUGGACGUGGGUAGUAGCCGGAUGGGACGUUCCCCGUCGGUGUCCCCCGCCAUCACCCCCACCUCCCCCUACUCUGUGCCCCAGAUUGCCCCCAUGCCCAGCAGCAAGCUGUGCCCCGUCUGUAAGACAGCUGACCUGACAGGCACCACGGAGGACAACCAGCCAAACUGCAGCACCUGCACCCAGUGCCGAUCCAUGGUGUGCAACCAGUGUGGCUUCAACCCCAACCCGCACCUCACCGAGGUCCAGGAGUGGCUGUGUCUGAACUGCCAGAUGCAGAGAGCUUUGGGAAUGGACAUGGAGACACCUCGCUCCAAGAGCCAGCAGCAGAUCCACUCUCCGUCCCACCAAGCCAAACUAGAGCCCAUCUCUGAACCUCAAACUCAGCCCCCACCCCAGCCCCAGGUCCAACCCCAGCCCCAGGCCCAACCUCAGCCCCAGCCCCAGCCCCAGGUCCAACCUCAGCCCCAGGUCCAACCCCAGCCCCAGGUCCAACCUCAGCCCCAGUCCCAAGCCCCACCUCAGGCACAGCCUCUAACCCAGCACCAGGCUCCGACACAAGCCCAGCCCCCACCAGGCCCUAACAGACAGACUGGUCCAGGCCCAGGCCAGACCCCUCAACAGCAGAGAGGUCCAGUGGGUCCAGUUCCAGCCCAGGGUCAGGGUGGGGCUCGUCUCCCCCCAGGAGCCAUCCCUCUCCCAGGCAUGGCCAAAGCCCCGUCCCAGCCUGACCUCCGUGGCUCUCCCGCCCACCAGCCCCUGCCCCUCCGCCAGGACCACACCCGCAGCGCAGGGAGCUCCCCAUCCCGCCAGCCCCCGCCCCCGGCCGCCGCUCCUGAGCAGACCUUUGGAAAGCUGUUUGGAGGCUUUGGUGGCUUCGGUGCGUCCCUCCUCAACCAGGCCAGCACCCUCAUAUCAGUGGACCCGGUACCCACCCCGCCCCAGCAGCAGCAACAUCCCCCCAAACCUGCCCCUAAACCAGCUGGACCCCAAGAACCUGCAGCUGGGGCAGGGAAACCACCAGGACCCCAUCCAGGCCAACAGGGCCCCCAUGCACCCCAACGGGGACCCCAUGCACUCCAUCAGGGACCCCAUGCACCCCAACAGGGACCCCAUGCACCCCAACAGGGAACCCAUGCACUCCAACAGGGACCCCAUGCACUCCAACAGGGACCCCAUGCACCCCAACAGGGAACCCAUGCACCCAACAGGGCCCCCAUGCACCCCAACAGGGCCCCCAUGCACCCCAACAGGGACCCCAUGCACCCCAACAGGGCCCCCAUGCACCCCAACAGGGCCUCCAUGGACCCCAACAGGGACCCCAUGCACCCCAACAGGGACGCCAUGCACCUUCCCAGCAGCAGGAUAAAGGUGCCUGCUGUCCCCUGUGUAAGACAACUGAAUGUGGGCGUGACUGCCCAACCACCCAACUACAACACCUGUACCCAGUGCCACGCCCAGGUCUGCAACCUGUGUGGAUUCAACCCUGCACCGCACCUGGAGAAUAAAGAAUGGCUCUGCCUGAACUGCCAGACCCAGAGAGCUUUGUCUGGGGCCCUGGGAGAUGCUCCACUUCCUGUUCCUCAGCCAAUGGGAUCCCCACGGCACUCAGCCCCAGCCAAUCAACAACAGCCUCAGCAGAGAGGGCCCAAUCAGCAGGCAGGGCUAUGGCCCACUGAUCCUCAACAGCAACAUAAACCACUGGGUGCCCAAGUAAGUGGCCCUCCUUUCUCCCCUGCCAAACAGAGCAAGGGGCCUGCCCAACCCUCCCCUGCCAAGGUACAACCCUUCCCAGGUAAGAGUGCGCACUCCCCUGCCAAGGGUGCACCCUCCCCCACUAAAACAGCAUCCACCCCUGCUAAGGGCACACCCUCCCCUGCCAAACAGAUAGGACCCACUGCCCAGAGCAAGGGUACUGCCCAGCCCUCCCCAGCCAAGGGUGCACUGUCCUCUUCUAAAACAGCAUACACCCCUGCUAAGGGCACACCCUCCCCUGCCAAACAGACAGGACUCACUGCCCAGAGCAAGGGUUCUGCCCAGCCCUGCCCUGUUAAAUUUGCAUCCACCCCUACCAAGGGUGCACCCUCUCCUACUAAGAGUGCACCAACUCAACCUAAACCCAACAAGCAGGCCGGUAAACAGCAGCAGGGCCAGGAUAAAACUAAAUUUGUCCCCAAAGCUCAUAAGGAAAAUGAAGCCAAAGCCUCGCCCAAGAAGGGAGCACCUGAAGCCAUCACCACAUCACAUGAUGAAAAGAAGAAACUCGUUGAAGAUUCACAGAAGUCAAAACACCAUGACGAUUCCAACAAGUCCAGCACGCAGAGCCUCAGUGACACGGGAUACUCCUCAGAUGGGAUCUCCGGCUCCGUGGGCGAGAUCACAGGCCAUAUCCGUGAGGAUCCGGGGUUAAAGCUGAGUGAACGUAGCCUCUCCAGCCCCUCUGAGAUCACUAAGCUAGAGAGCUCCAUGCGGCCACUGCUAGAGUCCAGGUCCAAGACUGCUACAGACCAGGGUGGGGAGAACAAGUCUGACGGGGAGGUGUCGGACGAUCUCAGCUCCAAGCUGCGGCACGACUAUGUGGAGGACAGCAGCGAGAGUGGUCUGGCCCCCUUACCGCCCAGGCAGAAGAAGUCCCAUAAAGAAAUGACAGAUGAAGAGUUCAUGAGGAGGAAGAUCAUGGAAAUGAGCGCUGACGAGGACGAGAUGGAGGAGGAGGAAGGGUACGGCUACCAGAAAACGAAAACCAAAAAGGAUUUGGGGAAGGAGAAACGACGCAGCCUCACCCACCAUUCCAGUAGUUUUGAGGAGGACACCAAGGGGGUAGAUGACGAAGAAGAUGAAGGUAUGAUGGCUUCCCAAGGAGGCCUGCGGCGGUUUAAGACCAUUGAGCUGAACAACUCAGAGCAUGACCUCAGAGAGCCAGAGCUGGAGAUGGAGAGUCUGACUGGAUCACCAGAGGAGCGGUCGAGGGGGGAGUAUUCAUCCACCCUUCCUGCCACAACUCCCAGUUACACAUCUGGCACGUCCCCUACCUCCUUGUCCUCUAUGGAGGAUGACAGUGACAGCAGCCCCAGCCGCAGGCAGAGACUGGAGGAAGCCAAGCAGCAGAGGAAGGCUCGCCACCGCUCCCACGGCCCACUCCUGCCCACCAUUGAGGACUCAUCCGAGGAAGAUGAGCUGAGAGAAGAAGAGGAGCUUCUGAGAGAGCAGGAGAAGAUGAGAGAUCUGGACCUGCAGAGGAUCCGCAGUACAGCCAGGAAAACCAAGAGGGACAAAGAGGAGCUAAGGGCCCAGAGACGUAGAGAGAGAUCCAAGACUCCCCCCAGCAACCUCUCGCCCAUCGAGGAUGCCUCCCCGACAGAGGAGUUGAGACAGGCAGCGGAGAUGGAGGAGCUCCACAGAUCCUCCUGCUCAGAGUAUUCCCCUUCCAUGGACUCAGAGGCAGAGAGCUUUGAAAUGAUGAGCUCCAAGCUCUACAAGUCAGGAAGCCACCACAACCUACCCACCUUCAUGUCUCUCUACUCCCCCACUGAAAAACAUACUGCCACUUCACCGUUGGACAAGACACUGAAAAGUGCAGAGGAGGUGUAUGAAGAAAUGAUGAGGAAAGCAGAGAUGCUGCAGCAGAGACAGCCCGGAAGGCCAGGCCAACAACAAGGAAGUCCGCAAAGGCAACCGGCUGGAGCACCUCAGCCUAGCAGCAAACAACAUCUAGGCACUGGAGCACCUCUAACCCCUGGCUCCAGCCCCACACAAAUCUCUGCACCUGUUUCCUUCUCCCCAAACGACCCACAUGGGGCUGGAAAAGGGUUCCCACCAGGAAUCAGUGUGACACAGCAUCUAUCGAAAGAAACCCAAGACCGGAUGAGGACGCAGACUGCCAAAAUAGGGGGUGUUAUCCCCCCAGUGGCUGGAAGACCAGGUCCUCUGGGACCAGCACAGGGGGCGCCUCCUCCUGACUCUGGAGCGCCCUCCAUCGCAUCCUCCCUCUUCUCCUAUUUCAAAGGCCCCAGUCCUCCUGUUUCCCCUUCCCCCUCUCCCUCACAGAGUCCCACUCAUUCCAUGUCCCUACGACCUACAGGGCCUGGGGUGUCCCCACAAGAUUCUCAGCCUGGCGCUGGUGGCGCAACCUCCCCAGUACCACCGCAACCACAUGGAGCCCAGAUGCCUCGAAGAACAACAUCGCCAUGCCUUGCAAGACAAGAGUCCUCCUCCGACUCACCAGUAAUGGGGAUAACGCUGGGCUCUAAGACCACCACCAGUCCUGCCAGGCCUCUGACUGUAAACUCCUCCACUUCUCCCCUGUCCUCGCCAACACAGGCUAUCCGUCAACCCAUGUAUCAGCAAUAUAUUCCUUCAACAAGCUAUCCAACGUCCCCACAAAUGCAUCUAUCGCAACAAUCCCCUCAACAUGGUUUACAGAGGCCCCAAAAUGCAGACAGGGUUAAUAUUGGUAUAAGCAUGACAAUGACAACCACAGCUACCACAUACAGUCGUGGGUCAGUAUCAAUGGAAAAUAUCUCCCUAUGUAGGAUCUCCAAUGUCCCAGGUACCUCUAGGGUCGUAGAGCAGGGCCAAAUGAAAAUGCGUCCGACUAGACCUGCAUCAGUAGUGGACCUGAGAGCAUCAAUGAAGGCCGCCCCAAUCAUCAUGACAGACCAAGGCAUGGAUCUAACAUCUCUGGCAACUGAUACAAGAAGGUAUUCCCUCGAUGCUGAACAACCCCACAACCAUCACAAAUCGGUGCAGCCACUGAAUGCUGCCGUGAACCUGAAUGCACAAGAGCAGCCGCACGUUUCGGUGUCCACUCCAACAACAGUCAGUGUCACCGUGGCAGCCUCCAUGUUUAUAUCUCAGCCGAAGGGGCAUCCAGUGAUUUACGGAGAUCCCCUGCAGUACAGUAUGGUUCUGGGGCAAGGCGUUGGGUCAGCAAUGUGUCUUACACAAACUAAGCCACCCAUUACUGACCCGUCCAUUCCUAAGAUUGAUGCGUGUCUGGAGGAUCUGGGCAUCCAGCAGCAGCAGCUCCAGAUGCAGCAGCAGAAGCUCCUACAGCAACAACAGCUCCUCGAGCAGCAGCUCCAGCAGCACCAGCAGUCUUCCUUUGCUCGCUAUAACCUAGUGAACCAGGUCCAGCCGCUGUUGCUUAAGAAAGACCUGGUGGUUAGCCAGACGAGCAGUGGCAGUGCCCAGCCUGUGGUCAGUGUGAUUCCUAGAGUAUCUCCCAUGCCGCCCCAGCCAGCGUCUCUAGUUCUACCUCCCUCUAACAAUCAUCAUGACUAUGGUCAGAGUGGGCUUGCCUUGGAGUUGAAGAACAAGCCCACAGUUAUGAACCUGUCUACUGGAAAGCCCCAUGUCAUGAUGGUCCAACUGGAAGAUAGCAAUGCAUCUCAGAUGACCACUGUGACUCAGCUGGUCAAAGACCCUCCUCCUCCCCAGGUCCUGGAUCUCACUGGUGGACAGAUACAGAAACCAGAGAACCAAGUGGCUUGUUGUGACGUUGUUUACAAGCUACCCUUUGCUGGUAGCUGUGCAGAUAAUUUAACUCAGAAAAAUUCUUCCACUGAAUCUUCCCAAGUCACUCUUCCACCCCCUGCCCCACACUACAGUGUAGGCCAGCAGAAACAACAACAGCCACAACAACAGCAACAACAACAACAACCACCACCACCUGGUAAUAAUGGCUACCAGGCAGCAAGCAUGCAAGGAGCACCAGAGGAAGGUAAACCGAUGCAGGGAGUCCCUCUAUACCCUAUACCCCUUGGAGGCAGGCUUCAACCUUCCAUGUCUGACACCAACCUGUCUAAUACAGGUCUUCAGUACUAUCAGAGGACUGACCCUGGGGACCUGGCAGUGGAUCUGAGCACCAUGAAUCAGGCCUACGAAGGAGGAUAUCUUGGCAUGGGUGCACAAUACGGAUCCUACACAGACUUAAGUCAUCAAGGAGACGUUGCAGGUCCUCCCUUGCCCCUGCGAAGGUACGGCUCCAUGUCCAACAUCAACCAAGACUAUGGCUAUGGUCAGGCAGGUUUCCCGGACGCCAACCUGGCACAGUAUAGUGCCACCACUGCCAGGGAGAUCAGCCGAAUGUGUGCAGCUCUGAACUCUAUGGACCAGUUCGGUCAACGGUACAGCAACCCUGAGAUGAUGCAGUAUGGUUCUGGAAGUGGCGCAGGGCCUGCAGCCAGGCUCAACCUACAGCAAAGCUUAGCAUCAAUCCGAGCCAACCUACUCUAUGGCCCUGAUGGGAGGCCCACUGCACACGGCCAAGCCCUAACCAAUCUGAUCAAUGCCAGACAAGCAAGCAUACAGGCUUUAUAUCCAUCUGCAAUGAGAGGAGCUGACGGUAUGACAUAUUCCACCAUCAACACCCCAAUAGCCUCUACUUUGCCAAUAACCACCCAGCCCUCCUCUGUUCUGCAACCUAUGCCACAAGGAAUAUACCGACCUUACCCUGCAGGCGUGACCGCUGUACCACUGGCGAGCCUCACCAGGUUGCCUCAUAUGACCCCAAAGAUGCCUCUGUCCACACAGGGACAUUACGGUUACCCUCCUCCCAACCAGUUCCCUACAACGGCUGGUGUUCCUGGAAGUGUACCUGCCACGAGCACCUCCACCCAAAAAGCUCCUGUCUACCUUGGGAAGCCUUCUGCAGCCGUCUCUGUGCACACGGCUGCAACCUUACCAUUGGCCCAGCCAAUUUCUCAUAUGGGUGGACAAACUACUGCAAUGCCAAUUCAGUCUGCAGUAGUCCCUGCAAACCAACAGACCCCCCAAACUCAAAUCCAAGCGCAGAAUGUUAGGACACACCCUCAUACUCAAACUCAAAUGCAAGUCCAAAUGCAGCAACAAAUACAGUCCCAAAUACAGCAACAAAUACAGUCCCAAAUACAGCAACAAAUGCAAUCUCAAAUGCAACAACAAAUAGCAACUCAAACUCAAGCUUCAUUUCUGACUCAAACCCAGUCCCAGCCUAUAACUCAGCCUGCUCCACAGGCUCUAGUGCAGCCCCAUCUGCAGACCAUUCGCCAGAUUGCUUCUACUGCAGCAGCCAGCACCACCAUCACCACUUCGGUCGACCCAGAGCUGGAAAAGGUAGAGGAGCGUUUGAGACAGCAACAGGAGCAGAUGCUGCAGAUGGAGCGAGAGCGUGUGGAGCUGGAGAAACUUCGGCAGAUGCGCCUGCAUGAGGAACUAGAGCGAGACCGCAUGGAGCUCCAGAGGCACAGGGAGAAAGAACAAAUGCUGGUGCAGCGCGAGAUUCAGGAGCUGCAGACCAUCAAACAGCAUGUCCUGCAUCAGCAACAAUCAGAGAGGGAGACCCAGCUGGUCAUGCAGAGGGAACAGCUAUCCCAGCAGAGGAUGCAACUGGACCAGAUCCAGUCACUACAGCAGCAGCUCCAGCAGCAGUUGGAGGAGCAGAAGAGGCAGAAGACUGCAGUGGUGGAGGCAUCAGCUGCGGCCGCAGCAGCCGCUGCAUCUGCAGCAGCCACUUCCACUCAAGGUGCCAUACAAGGGGUAGUAGUCGGAGGAAUAACCCCUCAAGGUGCCAUACAAGGGGUAGUAGUCGGAGGAGGAGGAGGAGGAACUCAAGGUUUCAUCAUCUGUGACCAGAGUGGUAGGGUGAUUCAACAGGAUGGCCAAAGUGUACAGUUCUGGCAACCCCACAUGGAAGGGCAGGUGGUCCAAGCAAUGGUGACCCCAAGGCCCAUACCAAGCUCUGCUUCUGAGAUGUCCUUGAAAAACAGUGAGAAUCAGUUGGGGUCCAGGAUCAUGAAGAAGCAAAACUCUAUGCCUCGUCUUAGGGAUGGAUCGGAGGAGGAGCUGGUGAGGAGGAUUGCAGAUAGCUGCGUGCAGACGGACGAUGAAGAGGGUGAGGACAGGUACAUGAACCGCAGGGGCAGGAGAACCAGGCGGAUCGCCGACUGCAGCGUCCAGACAGACGACGAGGAUCAGGCAGCUUGGGAGCAACCGGUUAGGCGCAGGAGAUCACGCUUAUCCAAACAUUCAGACUCUAGCGGCGAUGUCAAAUCCGAUGGAACCGCCAAAGUGUCCUCCUCCAGCAUAGCCAUUCAGACCACCAACGACUCCUCAUGCCAGACUGAGGCCGACCAGUUGGGCAGGAUCUCACCUGCAAUCCACAUCACUGCGGCUGAGACAAAUAAGGUGGAGCUGCUUCACUACAUCUCUGCCCCAGAGAGAACCCAUACGGGUGAGAGCUUGGCCUGUCAGACAGAACCGGAGGCCCAGUCUCAGGGGGUGGUGGCCCCUCAGCUCAGCGUCCCCACCACCAUCAGCCCAUAUUCCACCUCUAUGCAGAUGGUGGGCUCCACCCCACCUCCUCCCCAAGGGGUGGCUAAGUUUGAAAGGAGGAAACCCGACCCUCUGGAAAUCAACUACCAAAGCCAGCAGCAGAACGAGUCCCCGUCUCGCCAGCCUCCCAAGUCUCCCCAGGUGCUGUACUCCCCUGUGUCCCCGCUGUCGCCCCAUCGGAUGCUGGAAACCACCUACGCCUCCCAGGAGAAGCUGAACAAGGCGCACGUCACGCCCCAGCAGAAAGCUUUCACUGCAGAGUCUCCUCAGCGUCACCAGAGCCUCCCCAGACCUAUCAAGAGUGUGCAGCGCUCCAUGUCGGACCCCAAACCCCUCAGCCCCACCUCAGAAGACCCUGCCAAGAACAGGUUCUCCCCUUACCAUCAGCAGGCCCUCUCCAACAGUCAGAUGGCCACCCUGCAGCAGCAGCAGAACUCUCUGAUGAGAAAGGUGAAGAGGACCCUACCCAGCCCACCUCCAGAGGAGAGCCCUCUCCCCAUCGUCACCCCAGCCAUGUCCCACAUGUACAGCAGCUCCCCGGGGAUGCAGCCCCAGAGGGUGCUGCCCAGGCCUGCCCAGGGAGUCACCAAGGCCGGCCUGCUGAGCGAGCUGAAGGCCGUGGAGCAAGAGUCCACCAAGCUCCGCAAGCAGCAGCAGGAGCUAGAGGACGAGGAGAAGGAGAUUGACGCCAAGCUGCGGUACCUGGAACUAGGCAUCCAUCAGCGCAAGGAGACCCUGGUGAAGGAGAGGGAGAGGAGGGAGCUGGCCUACAUGCGCUGCAUGGGCGACGCCCGCGACUACAUGUCAGACACCGAGCUCAAUAACCUGAGGAUGGUGGCGGCCACGGGAACGUUCGACGGUAAUGGUCUGCUGACGAGGCCCAGCACUGCGCCACUGAGCCAGUUCCCCAACGACCUCUGCCCAGCCUCCCAGUACCCGCCCACCUCCUCCUACAUGGCCUAUCAGUACCCACAGAGCCAGCCCACGCCCACACAGCAGCCAACCGCUGCUUACCAACAGAUCGGUUUCCAGCCCCCUCAAUACCCUAUAGCCUCCCAGCCCCAGCCAGGCACCUUCCAGCCCCACCCACCCCAAGGCCCAGGCUACCAGACUCAGCCAAGCUACCCAGCCCAUGGGGGCUACGGCCAGACUUCCUACCCGACAGACCUGGGCAUGCAGCAGCAUGGCCACCAGGGUUUCCAGCCUCCCAACCCCUCUAUCCCGGGCCAGAACCUCUCCUACCCAGGCCAGAGCCCAUAUUCUGGCCAGGGCAUGUCCUUCCUGCCACAGGCUGAGAUCCUCACGGUCCACCAGAGGCCUCAUCAGACCUCCUUGGCUGACCUGGAACAGAAGUUGCCCACCAACUAUGAGGUGAUCAGUAACCCUGCUGUGUCGGUGGCCACAUCAGCUCCAGACACCGGCUUUGGCUCGGUCUAUGCCUCCAACACCAUGCCCAAUGCCUAUGGGCAGUACCGCCCCCCGGAGCCAGUCCUGACACACGGUGUGGAUAGCCCCACGUCGUCCUACGCUGCAGACGGCCUCUACACCGCAAACCUGGAGCAGAACAUCCCCAGGAACUAUGUCAUGAUCGACGACAUCAGCGAGCUGACCAAAGAGAACACAGGCUCAUCUGUUGACGUUCUGGGACAUCCUGUUGCAGGACGCUAUGGUGAGAAUGGCCCUGCGCACCAAACUGGCUAUGGCAAUGAGCCUGUGGACCCGUACAUGUCUGCAGGCACCACAGGCUACCACCAGCAGGGCUCUGUGGACCCUCGGACCAGCACCACUAUAGGUGGUGGGGGAUCUUCUUAUUACUAUGACGACUAUAAUAAACACCCCAGCACAACACGCCCGGGGACCCAGAAACACCCAUCCAAGAACCUGGCUCCCGCAGUUGUCUCCUCCGGUAAGCGCAGCAAGCACAGAAAGCAGGGCAUGGAGCAGAAGAUCUCCAAGUUCUCCCCCAUCGAGGAGGCACGGGACGUGGAGUCCGACCUGGCCUCUUACACCAUGACCUCCUCCACCGGCGGCAGCUGCACUGUGGUGUCUCGGUCCGGGGUGAAGAAGAGCGGCCACGACCAGCGGAAGUACUAUGGUGGCCACCCGGGAAGCCGGGAAGCCCUGGAAGAGGAGGACCGGAUGUACGGCUCGGGGAGGUCCCGGUCUACUGGCUAUGGCAUGGACAAGAUCUCCUCCAGGGACUCCUCCAGGAGCAAGUCCUACGAGAGGGAAGCCAUGGAGCGGUCUCAGAGAGGCGGUGGCGGACGGCCCGGACUGCGCACCCAUAACUCAGAGGAGGAGAGUCCCCUCAGCCCCGUGGGGAAGUCUGUGGGGGUCGGACGAGGUGGCACAGGGGUACCAGUGGACCCCCAUGACGUGAGGAACCAGUAUGGCUCCAGCCACUCCCUGCCGGAUGUCCAGGACCACCACAUGAAGGACCUGCCCAGGAGCCACGUGUACAAGCCAGAUGACCCAUAUCUCGUAGACGAUCAGCACGCUGCUGUGUCGGACAGUGAAGCCUAUCAUCUGGGUCAGGAGGAGACGGACUGGUUUGAGAAGCCAAGGGAGGCUCGCUCCAACCGCUCCAGACACCAUGGGAGCGCAGGGCACAUCUCCACUGGUAGACAACAGACCGGCGCCAACGUGAAGCACACCUACCAUGACUAUGAUGAGCCUCCCGAAGAACAGGACCUGUGGCCUCAGGACGAGUACAACAACCAACCUCGGCACCCCUCGUCCACCUCAUCAUCCCACGACCACCGUGGUCACCAAGGCAGCAGCGGCGGCAGCUCGGGGAGGCACUCCUCUUCCCGCCACUCCGGCGAGGAGCCUCGGACGUCCAGCCGCUCCUCCAGAACACACCCCAAAGACCAAUCCGCCCGCUCUGAGGGCCGUGGAUCCUCCUCCACCCAGAAGAGGGGAGGGUCGGAACCACGCUCCUCCCGGGAUGGCUACCGGGACCGGGACUCUGGAGACUACUCCUCUCGUGACCCGGCCACCGGCCACCACCGCGAGGGCACCAGUGGCAGGGGUCAGAAGCCGCCAGGUUCAUCCUCCAGGAGACAGGAAGGGGUUCCUUCUGCAGGGGCCAAGCAGGGUCUGGGGCAACAGCCCCAGGGUGGUCCAGGCGGGCAGCACCAACAGCCCCAGGGGGGUCCAGGCGGGCAGCAGCAACAGCCCCAGGGGAGUCCAGGUGGGCAGCAGCAACAGCCCCAGGGGGUCCAGGCAGGCAGCAGCAACAGCCCCAGGGGGUCCAGGCGGGCAGCAACAGCCCCAGGGAGGUCCAGGCGGGCAGCAGCAACAGCCCCUGUCAGGCAGACAGUCUGGAUCCCAGGGGCCAGACGGGGGCCAACCGGCCCAGCAGCAGCAACGUACCCAGCAGCAGCAGCCUUCCCAGACCAUAGCCGGGGGCCCUCAGGCCACUCCAGUCACUGCAGGCCCAGGACCCAUAGCAGGACCAGGGCCGGCACAACCGCAGGCUAAACCUGGCCAGACUCCGGCACAAGGCCGGCAUCCAGCCAGACCUACCGCAGGCCAGCCAACAACCACAGCCGUGACUUCUGCCACACCUGCAGCAACGAUUGGGGGGGCAGCAGCAGCACAGCCACCCAAGACAGCUACACCACCCCUCACAGGCAUCG